AUGAAGAGAGGCGAUGAGAUUGAAGUCUCCUCCGACGAAGAAGAGCUUAAAGGAUCGUGGUUCAGAGCCAUUCUCGAAGACCCUCCGCCUAAAUCCGGAAACAAAAAGCUGAACGUGUCUUUGCUAACCAACGAUGGCUCCUCCACUACUCUGAAAACCACUUACCGGAGAUUCCUCCGGCCGAUUCCGCCGGAAAACCUGUUCACGGCAGCGGCGGAGUUUGAGGAAGGAUGCGUGGUGGAAGCUUCUCAGAGAGGCGGGUGGUGGACUGGAGCGGUUGUGAAGAAGAUAAACGAUGAGGAAGUUUGGGUUUACUUCGAUUCACCACCGGAUCUGCUCCAGUUCAAGACAGGACAGCUCCGACAACACUUUGACUGGGUCAAACAAAAAUGGGUCAGUCCAGAAAACAAGGUUUUUGUGAGUAAGAAGUCAACAUUUAGAUGUGGGACCAUGGUGGAAGUGAAAGUAGUAGAUGAUGUUGAUGUGUGGAUACCAUCAGUGAUUGUUAAGGAGAUGGUAAACAGGAAGAGUUUCGUUGUUAAGUCUUUGAAAAACCUGAGCUGGAAUGAUGGUGAAGAAUCUAAACCAAACAGAACCGUUGGUUCAAGCAGCAUAAGGCUCACACCGCCAACUGUGACUGAUGGAUAUUUGGAGUUCAAACACGAUGCUAUAAGGCCUUCCGAGGAGACAAUAGCCAAACUGGUGUCGCAAAACACUAAUGAAGCAAAUGCUGCUUGUAUGCAACAGGUGCUAGAGGAACACAGCAGAGAAGAUGACAGUCGUAAGAGAAAAAGAGGAGAAGUAGAGCACAAUCCAGACUUAAGUGAGGCUGCUGCUACUGAAUCAGUUUCAUCUCUAACUGCAACAGCACUGGAACAAACAGAGGCUGGUACUGAAGAAUUCACUGUCCAGCCGGAGAGCAGCGAGGAAGUUAACAAAAAUCAAAUGAUGAAAAUAGUUGUUUUGCCUUUUGCUAAGGAGUCAUCGCUUUGGAAGGAACUUGAAACAAGAGAAGUCUUCCAGAGAGCACCACCACAAGGUCCUCAUUUCAGCCCAUUGGUUGGGGAAAGUGAAGUGUUCCGUGAAGGUCAAGCACUUGGUAUGAUGCUCACCUUUUCCAAGUUGGUGGAGAGCGUUAAAGAUCUUGAACCUGACAGACAGGUGAAGGCACUGGAGGAGAAAAGGAGUCUAGAAGGACAGAUGAUGGCUCUGAAACACAAGAUUCUUGAGCUGGAGAGGCAACAAGUGGCUCUGAAAGAGAAGAUAUGUCAGAUGGAGUCAUGUGCAAGAGAUCGUGGGGUUGAGCUUGACAAUCUGGAGUCUUGA